UUCAGUUCAAUUAGAGAAUGUUUGAAAUUAGAUCCUGAUCAUAAAGAAUGUUUUAGUCAUUAUAAAAAAGUAAAAAAAUUAGCUAAUCAAUUACGUUCCUUACAAGACUUUUCUACUGAAGGAAAAUAUGAUGAAUGUGUAGAAAAGGGAAAUGCCGCUUUAAAGACUGAAUCAGAAGUUCCACGUUUAGUCCAUUUUAUUAAAUCCAAACUGUGUUAUUGUCAUAAUAAAGCAGGACAAGUUAAUAAAGCUAUUGAUAUAUGUACAGAAGCACUUAAAUUAUUCAGUGAAGAUGUAAAUGUUCUUUGUGAUCGUGCUGAGGCUUAUACUGCUUCAGAAUUAUUUGAUGAUGCUCUUCAUGAUUAUCAGAAAGCCGCGAAUAUAGAUGAAAAUUCUCGUAGAGCACAUGAUGGCUUAAAGAAAAUCCAGAAAUUAAUAAAACAAUCAAAGAAAAGAGAUUAUUAUAAAAUACUGGGAGUCAAAAGGACGGCUGGUAAAAGAGAAAUACUGAAAGCAUAUCGUAAACUUGCUCAGAAAUGGCAUCCCGACAACUUUCAGGAGGGAGAUGAAAAGAAAAUUGCCGAGAAAAAGUUUAUUGAUAUUGCAUCUGCAAAGGAGGUCCUCACUGAUCCAGAAAAGAGGCAAAAAUUUGAUAAUGGAGAAGAUCCACUUGAUCCUGAAUCUCAGCAAGGACAAGGUUUUAAUCCAUUUCAAGGAUUUAACCCAUUUGGACAUGGAGGAGGACCUUUUACUUUUAAAUUUCACUUCAGUUGAGUGUUUAGUGCUUAAAUGUACACAAAACAGAGACAUUUUUUUAAAAAGAACAAUUUCAUAAAAUUAUGAUAAUUGAACUUUGCCACAUCCCAAAGAAGUGCCUACAAUUGGACUUGAUACAGGUUAAAGGAGAUUAGUUUUUUAUUUAACAAACUUUCACUUACUCAAUGGAAAAUGAGAGCUUUCCAUUCUAUUAUUAUCUGUUUUUAACUGAUAAUUGAAUUAUUAAUAAAUAAAAUUAUAUUUAUUGAAAUAAUUUAAUUCUAAAUUGAUGUAAGUUUGUUAAAUAAAUUAUGUCUCCAUGAAAAAUUCCGAAAUUCCUAGUCGUGAGAUUCAAAGUGAAAUCAAGCAACAUCAUGAAAGGAAAAAUUGUUUUAUUGACUAGGAUCAUUAAUAUGCAAUCAAUUUCUGGUUACCUCAGCUUCUUCCAAAUGUCAUUUUGUUGAUGUUCACUCAUAUUUAAGAAUUUAGUUUGUGCCAUUUGUUUAAAACAAAGGAAAAUACUUUUUGAAAGAAACUUGAAACUUAAUCAUGUUUUAGAAUAUAAUUGAAAUGAUUAUCCAGAUAGCAAUUUGUCACAUUUAAAAAAACACAUAGUAUUUUCUGUAAAUAAAUGUGUAUUGUUCUGUGCACAUUCAUCCAUAUGUAUAAAGAACUUUCAUUAAAAACUCUUCAAAGAAUGCA